GUCAUGUUGUUAGUUUGAGGCUUCUGCUGGUUUGGGGGAUGCAGUGGUUGGUUAGUUGAACUCUGGAGUCCUGUACCAACUUAAAUCCGCAGAAUGAUGAAGGGAAAGACGGUUAUUGUGACCGGUGCUAACAGCGGGAUAGGAAAGGCCACAGCAGCCGGCAUUGUGAAGCUCCAGGGUCGUGUAAUAAUGGCCUGCCGAGACUUGGACAAGGCUGAGGAGGCAGCUCGGGACAUCCAGCAAGGCACCGGUGCAGAAAGUACACAGCUGGUGGUCAAACAGCUGGACCUCGCUUCACUGACAUCUGUACGCGCAUUCUGUGAAGACAUAAUCAAGGAGGAACCUCGGCUAGAUGUGCUGAUCAACAAUGCCGGUAUCUACCAGUGUCCUUACACCAGGACAGAGGAUGGCUUUGAGAUGCAGUUUGGAGUCAACCACCUGGGACAUUUCCUGCUCACCCAUUUGUUGCUGGACCUUCUGAAACGAUCAGCUCCUAGCCGCAUAGUGGUGGUCUCUUCCAAGCUCUAUAAACACGGUUACAUAAAUUUCGAGGACCUAAGCAGCGAGAAGUCGUAUGACAAAGCUUUUGCCUACAGUCGCAGCAAACUAGCCAACCUUUUGUUCACCUGUGAGCUUGCCCGUCGCCUGGAGGGCAGCGGAGUGACAGCGAAUGCUGUAACUCCGGGCAUAGUGAGGACUAAUCUGGGGAGGCACGUUCACAUCGCUGUGUUUGUUAGGCCGCUUUUUGACCUGCUGUCCCGAAGCUUGUUUAGGAGCCCCGAAGAAGGAGCUCAGACAUCCGUCUAUGUAGCUUCUAGCCCGGAUGUUGACAAUGUGCAAGGAAAGUGCUUUGCAGAUUGUCAGCCUCAGGUUCUUUUGGACAAAGCCACGGAUCAGGAACUGGCCGCUAAAUUGUGGGACAUUAGUGAAGUCAUGGUGGGGAUAAUCACAUGAGAUCAGCGUGAAUUUUGAGACUUAAAAAUCAAUUAUCUAAUAACCAUUUAUUAACCAAAGUCUUUCUAGAGAGCACAAAGUUAAACAGGGCAGAGCAAAUCCAAAGCCAUGUUUUCCAGAAUUAAGACUUUUGUUUGUCCUAAGUGUCAUAUGUUCAAGUCUCAUGGUAACAUACUUUCCCAGUAGAGCACGUUGCUCUCAGACUGCUUUACUUGUGUUUCUUAGAAAUGUCAAAAGUAGAACGGGAGCAGAGCGUUCGUGUCUGUGGAGCCUGCUCCCAGUCUCGGAGCGGUUAAAUUCAAAUGUUCCUUUUAGUUAAUGCUUGUAAUGAGGGCUGCGGCAGAACCGUCCCUCAGUUUUGCUGAUGUAAAGCUGAAAGUGAAACUGUGGGUUCAGGAUUCUUUGGAACUUCCCAUGAACUCAACAUUUCUCAUUUAUGCUCCUCAUUUUGCUCCUGAUGUAAAUGAAUGUGGAACACAUGCAGUAAACGUGCAGUAAAAAUGUCAUUAACCUGUUCAGGGAUGUAAAGUCAUUGUCAUAAUGUGAUGCGGUUGUCUUCUCUCAUAAAAUUGAAGUGAAUCGAUAUUGUUUCCUCUUGAAAAUCAUAAUAGGGCUGCUCAAUUAAUCGAAUUUUAAUCACGAUUACGA